AUGUCUUCAGCGCACUCCUAUGCCAAGGCGUCAUUUGCGCAACGCCAGCCAUACCGGCUUGAGAACGACUCGGGGCCGGAUGAGCAAAACAGUAAGGAAAGCUGGGAGGAAGAUUCGUCGGACGCUGACUCGCUCGACUCAGUGGAGGACGAGAAUGGCGACUCGCCGCAGGAUGCCAAUGUCUUCCGAGGCGUAAACAAACCAAAAUCUUCCGAUGUUUUCAUCGCUGUCAUGGGCGCUACAGGCUCUGGCAAGAGCUCCUUCAUUUCUCUCUGCUGUGGAAAGGCCUUGAAAGUAGGCCAUGAUCUGAACCCUAGUACAAGCACGAUUGACGUAUAUGCGUACGAAAUCUCGCCCGACCAGACCGUCUACUUGAUUGACACGCCCGGCUUCCAUGACAUGGAGCGCAGCGACACCGAGGUCCUGCGAGAGAUUGUUGACUGGCUGAGAAAGUCGUACAAGGCCAGCAUCCUCCUCCACGGAAUUAUAUAUAUUCAUCGUAUUAUGCAGAUUCGUCUGCAGAGCUCCGCAAGAAAGAACAUCCUCUUAUUCAAAGAGCUCUGCGGUGACGAGGCCCUCAAAAAUGUUAUUCUCGUCACGUCCAUGUGGGACAAGCUAUCACGGUCCCAGGUGUCCGAUGCCAAGGCCCGCGAGAAGCAGCUCGUCGAAACGGACUGGGGGUUCAUGGUGUCCAAGGGCAGCACGGUGCACCGCCACCGCAACACGGCCGACUCGGCGCGGGCAAUCGUCGACCGCCUCGUCAACAGCAAGGGAGGCCGCCCCAUGACGCUUGAUGCCCAGAAGCCGAUGACCGACAUGAAGCAGACGCUGGAGGAGACGGCCGCCGGGCGCGAGCUCGAUGCCGCCGUCGCCAAGGAGCGCAGGAAGUGGGAGCGGGGGAUGCAAGACACGCAGGAGCAGAUGCGCGAGUUUAUGCGCGCGCGAGACGAGGAAACGAAGCAGGUGUUGUGCGAGAUGAAGAAGGAAGACGCCCAACGGCCGACACAUGAGGACAGGAGGGCCCAGGAGAAGGAAUGGCAGCGGGAAUUGCGUGAGAUGCGGGAAACGCAAGAGCAGAUGCGCGAGGCCAUGGGGGCCCAGGAGAAGGAGUCGCAGCAGGCAUUGCGUGAGAUGAGGGAGGAAUACAACCAACGGCUGGCACGCCUGGAGAGGGACAAGGAGCGCAUGCAGGUCGAUAUAGAACUGCUCCGUGGGCAGCUGUCGUGA